CACGGAAAAGCAGGGGAGGGAGAAUUAGAGAAAAAGACGAGCGUGGAGAGAGGGAGACAGCGAGCAGGGGAAUUACACUGACCGACACAUACACACACGCGUCUCCCAGCUGACUGCUGACAUUGUUGACGUGCUCACUCUUCCAAAGCUGUCACGAGCGAACAUUGGAGCUCCGAAGCAUCGACAUCGCGCUCCCCCAGAACUCAUGGGUUAACAGACUCUGUUCAGGAGAAGCAGCCACCCAUUAGUCCAAUGAAUAACCGGAAGGAAGACAUGGAGAUCACGUCGCACUACCGGCAGCUCCUGCGGGAGCUGAACGAGCAGCGGCAACACGGCAUCCUGUGCGACGUGUGUGUGAUUGUGGAGGGCAAGAUCUUCAAGGCGCACAAGAACGUGUUGCUGGGCAGCAGCCGCUACUUCAAGACACUUUACUGCCAGGUGAAGAAGGGUUCGGAGCAGCAGGCCACCAUCACUCACCUGGACAUUGUCACAGCCCAAGGCUUCAAGACCAUCCUGGACUUCAUGUACUCAGCCCACUUGGCGCUCACAAGCAAGAAUGUGAUUGAGGUGAUGUCAGCCGCCAGCUACCUACAGAUGACCGACAUAGUGCAGGCAUGUCACGGCUUCAUCAAGGCAGCACUAGACAUCAGCAUUCGCUCUGAGCUUGCGGAUGAACUAGCAGAUAUUGAGAUGGGCAAUGUGGUAAGCUCAAUCGGAGGUGGGGCUGUUCCUGGGGUUGGAGGUGCCUCAGAGGCAUUAGCGUCUAUGAUAUCAGCCCGCAGCUCCUCGCCAUGGUUGGCGAGACGCACUAGCCCAGCAAACUCAUCUGGAGACUCGGCCAUCGCUAGCUGCCACGAAGGCAGUAGCAACUAUGGCAAAGAGGACCAGGAACCCAAAAGCCAUGAGAGCCAAGAGGAUGCUUGUUUGCAGCCUUUGUGGCCUGCUGAUUACCGUUCUGUCCAGGUCAAAGAGGAGCAGGUCUCCCCCUCCAAUCUACAAGACGGGGCUGGCCGAGGGGCACAAGGCACACCUGGAGACCAAGGUGGACGAGGAGAGGGGGGUUGGCAACCCCCUGGCUCAGGCCGCAGGAAGAACCGUAAAAACAAGGACACAGUCAGGCACAUAACCCAACAGAAUGAAGGGGACAGUCGAACAGCAUCUCCACUUCCAUCUAUGCUCUCAACCCCUGGCUGGAACUACAGCAACCAGGAUAUUCCAGGUGCAGAAGUGACGGAACCCAACAUUUCAGACAGCCGGAGCGAGCGCAUGGACCUCCUGGUAAAGCAGGAGGAGGCCACAGCAGGAGACAGCGGCUUUCUGUCCGGGGAGCGGGACGAGGCCGUGGCCCAGGAGAGAGCAGGCUCUGUGGCCAACCUGCGUGCAGCCCUCAUGAGCAAGAACAGCUUGCUGUCUCUGGGGGCAGAGAUGCUCGGAGAGGAGAACCCGCUUCUGUUUGACUACCUGCCCAAGGGAGGACACUCGCUUUCCCUUAACGACUUCACAGUGAUCAGGAAGAAGUUUAAGUGCCCAUACUGCAGUUUUUCCGCCAUGCACCAGUGCAUCCUGAAGAGGCACAUGCGCUCACAUACAGGAGAGAGGCCGUAUCCCUGUGAGAUCUGUGGGAAGAAGUUCACCCGACGGGAGCACAUGAAACGCCACACACUGGUACACAGUAAGGACAAGAAGUACGUGUGUAAAGUUUGCAGUCGCGUCUUCAUGUCAGCCGCCAGCGUGGGCAUCAAACACGGCUCUCGUCGGCACGGUGUGUGCGCAGACUGCUCAGGUCGAGGCAUGGCUGCUCUGCUGGACCAAAACGGCGAGGACGGCUCGCCAGAAGAGGAACUCUUAUAUCCUGGGGACCACCGUUUCCCUGAUGACACCGCAGACGGAGACGGCGAAGAAGAGAUGAUGGUGGAAGCAGAGCUGAUGGGGGAGGGAGAAGGGGAGGAGGAGAACGGUAAAUGGCGGGCAGGCUCAGGGAUGUCGCAGCGAGACGACAGAGCAAUAGACGAUGGCAAAGAGGAAAGCGACUCAGCCCUGGAAGGAGACACCAGGGCGGGAAGCGAGAAAGACUUCAGUUGGAUCUCCUAGUCCAAUGCCUGGAUCCCAAUCCACGGUCGACCACCUGUUCCUUUAAGGAGAUACGCUUAAGGUGGGGCAAUCGGAUCUCAGUGUGUUGGAGGAGCCGGAUACAAAGAGAUCCUUAAGAUGCCCACAGGGCUGCCAAAAGGAGAGACAGUGGAGAGUCUCCUCGCCCCGACUCCAUGUGCUUCUGACCCAGGCUUCAGUUUGUCUCCUUUCUUCCUUGAGGACCAAACGGGUUUCUGUGUAUGUGUUUGCUAUUUCUUCAGACAAAAGAGAUUGUGUCGUCUCGGGAGAUUGUCCAAAAAUCAGCGCCAUGCUUUUUGUGAUGGGUCAGACAGAGAAAGUGUACGAAAGAUGUGCUCUUGCCAUACGGCCAGCCGCCACCAGGGGGGCACUGGCCAAUCUAUUGCGCAGCAGUUCACGUCGGAAGACUUGCACCAGUUUGUUUUUGGCACAUUGUUGAGAAACUGCAACAGACUUGCACUUUAAACGUUGACUAGAUUCCUAUCGAUUCCCUGUUUCUGUGGUUUACAUUUUUAUUCCAAUUUACAUAGAUUAUGAAUAUGGUGACCGCACCUACCUUUAAGGAUACACAGUAUGUCCUUAUGACUGUUAUAUACUGUAUGAACAUUCGUGCUAGGUUUGCUAAUUAUAAUGUAUGCCUUGUAAUGUUUUAUUGGGUUGCAAUUUUCAUUCCUGAACAUUUAUAUCAAGGGGAAAAAUCAUGUAAAUAGAUACAUAUAUGAGUGAGAUUAGUUGAUUUAGUGUUUUCGACAAAAAUGAGAUGGUUUAGGGGGAAGGUGGGUGAACACUAUGCAGAAACGAAUCUUUCUAGUUCUCAACAAUCUUUAUUCUCUCUAUUAUGCGAGAGAAAACUAGUCUUCAGCAAUGGCAAAGAAGAGAGACCGGAGGAGAGGAGUAGAUUUAUGGAAAUAUUACCCGUGUCCCGCUGUAAUAUUUCCUCAUUAUUCGCAUUCCAUAGUGGACACAGUCAGGGAAGGGUUUUAUACAGAGGGUUCGCAGCGUGGCUUUGUUUCUUUGAAAAUAAAACAAAACAACUGUAUGCAAAUGUGUGUGUUUUGUAGGUGUGGUGCGUGAGAGGCGGUUUAACUUGAGCUAACAUACUCGAUUUCAGACUCUCUCCUCUCGUCCCUCUUUUUACGUGUUUCCUCGCAGCCUUGCCAUUGUACUGUACUGAGUCUGCCUCUGAAAUCUUAAAGCCGUGUGAUGUGACAGGGAGAUAUCAUGCCUUCCCACUAAAUAUUUAUUGCUCUAACUUCUGGAAGUUUCAGAAAUAUGCAUCGAUUUCUUAAUCAACCAACCACAGCUUACUUUUGUUGUCAGUCCAUCAGAGAUGACGAAACACAAAGACGCUUUGUAACGAGACCAAGAGGACUGACGUGUGCUGUAAAGUGAAAUAGCUGUUCAUUUCUUUGGUCUAAAUGCUUAUUUAUUUGGUUUGUGAGUGCGUGAGUGAGUAUCAAAGAUGAACUAGUCUUUUUACACGUCAUUCUGUUUGACUCUGUGUGUGCGCGUGUGUGUGUGAGAGAGCGAAGGACCGGGUCCAUGAAUGUCUUUUUACUCAUUGUUUUAACAAUCUGUGCCAGAAUCUUUGACAAUGGGAAUAAAACGCUUUAUUAUGCUUUACUUAUUAUGAUUAACAAAUUUUAAUUAUUAUGGUUACUGUUGAUAUUGUUGUAAUUCUUAAUGUUAUUAUCAUUAUGAUUAUUGUUAUUGUUAUUAUUAUUAUUAAGUGCUGGAGACUAAGCUUUAUUAUUUGUUUCAUUUUGUAUUUCCAUUCUUGAAAAACAGUGUAAAACUUUCCAAUCUUGCCUUUCUAUGGACAGCAAGCCAUGUGGCUUUCAGAAGUAAUUAUAUUGUGCCAGUUCCAUGCAUUUCUGAGUGAUUUCUUUUUUUUCCUUUUCCCUAAUUAUUAUUUUAUUUUUGAAGGAUGAACCUUCUGAGAGCUUAACUUACUAAGUGUUGACAGACAGGUAUAUUCAGCACACGCUUCUAUAUUACUAACGUACACUAGGUAAUGAAUAUUAUACCAAAAAAUAAUAAUCUGGUAUACGUUGUAUACUUUUCAGUGCUUUUGUUUUCCAUUUGGUGUACUGGUGCAGAGCUUUGAUCAAACAGCGAUUUGCUUGGUUGAUUUGAGUUUUCUUUCCCCACUACAUAUGAGAAAGCACAGAUUUUAUGGUGUUAUGUUAUAAAGGGCCACUUGAAAGUACAUUGAGAAUUGCAGCUUUAAUUCUGUUGCCCUUGGAAACAUACUCAAUGGAUGUGCUCUACUGUAUGCCAUCGUCCUGCAUCUGAAGGCCGACACACGGUCAUGUGGAUGUGUGUGUGCUUGACAAUGAGAGUUUGUACAAGCUUUAGACCUCAAAUGUAACUGGUCCGAGCGCCAGGCACAAUUGCUAUCCAAAUUCCUUUAAACAAUUGGACGUUUAGCCUUUUCUUGUUUGUUUUAUUUAUUGUGUUCUUCGCCUUUAAUUGAAAUAAAAUCUGUUGGAAU